AUGUUCAACCCGCCUCAAGAUUUAUUGGAUCGACCAUUUCAAGCACUGGGUGCUCAUAAAGAUUUAAUUCAUAAUGUAAGAAUAGUUUAAGAACAACGACAACAAAAACGUUUAAAAAAUUUACAGGUUUCUUUCGAUCAUCAUGGUAGAAGAAUGGCUACAUGUUCAACGGACAUGACAAUGGUUGUUUGGGAUAGAAAACCGGAUGGAACAUGGAAAAGAUCAGCAAUUUGGAAAGUUCACGGUGGAGCGGUAUGGCGAGCAAUUUGGGCUCAUCCAGAAUUUGGACAAAUUCUCGCAACUUGCUCAUAUGAUAGAAAUAUCAACAUUUGGGAAGAACAAUUUGUGAAAAAAGGCAAAAGACCGGAUAAACGAACAGAUGCGGAUAAGAAACAGACGCGACUACUAGCGGGUAAAUUUUGUUUAUAUCAACAUUGUGUUGUAAGUAUAAUAAUUAAAUAUCCAUACACACAGGACGGAUGAAAUUUGAAGAAAUAAUUAUUGGGUCAGACUGUUCUCAAUUUUAAUUAUAAUUAGGAAUAUUUUGUCAAUGGAAUGCCACAAUUUUUAAAAACAAAAAAAACUGAAAAUGAAGAUGAAAAUUCAAAACGUGAACUCUGUUUUUUGAAACAGUUUUCAUUUCUUGUUUUUGUUCAGCACAGCGAGAUGAAAUUGGGAACAAAAGAAAAACACAUUGGGUUCGUCGCUAUAAUAUUUCGGAUUGUCGUUCAAAUGUGACUGAUAUUGCAUUUGCUCCGAGACAUAUUGGAUUAGUUUUGGUUUGUGAAAUAUUCUUCAUCAAAACUUCGAAAAUAAUCCUAUCAUUUUAGGCGUCGUGCACUGCUCUUGGCUCAAUUCGAAUUUACGAAGCUCCAAAUAUAAUGGAUAUUUCUCGCUGGUCAUUAAACCAUGAACUUCAAGCUUUUCAUACUCGAUGUGGAUGUAUUACUUGGUCUCAAUCAAGAAUGCAUAAAUCAUUAAUUGCUGUUGGUUCAGAUGAGAAAACAUCGGAAAGUACUCAAAGAAUUGUUAUUUAUGAAAAUGCGGAUGGAUUGAGAAAAUGGCAACGAAUUAUUGCAAUCAAACUCGAUUUACCAGCACCUGUGACUGAUUUGCGGUUCUCACCAAUUUCAUUGAUUGAUUCGCAUCAAUUGGCAAUCGCGGCUGGAGAUGUUCAUAUUUAUUGUAUCAAAGUAUCGAAAAGUGCUGUUGUUGAUGAUGAUACAGGAGAAGCGAUUGGUGAAAAUCCAGUGACAUCAAGUGAUUAUUCAGCACAAAAAGUUGCAUUACUUGGAGAUGUUCGGAAGGCGUGGAGAGUUAAAUAUAAUGUUAUGGGAUCGGUUGUUACUGCAACAAGUUUUGAUGGAACUGUUAGAUCAUGGAAAUGUAAGUUUUGCAGAGUUCAUAAAUUUUAUAAACUCACAAUAAAUUCAAAACAUUCCAUUAACUUUAGACCACGUAUUUAUGGAAGUUCUGAAAGAGUUUUGGAGAAAGUCCCUAAAGGGAUUUUUUUUCGAAAAUCGAGACUUCUGGAUCAAAAUCCCCCUAAAAAUAACAAAUUUUUCCAGCUUUAUUCGUGAAUCAAUGGGUUAAGUUAACCGAAAUGAGCGCUGAUGAUUAUACUUCAUUGAUUGAUGGAAAACCAAAGCAAAAACAAAUAUUUUUAUCUGAAAAAAUUGGUGAUAAUGAUCUUGUUCGAUAUUAUUGAACUAUUUAACUAAAAUUUUGUUUUUUUUUUCUGAAUUGUAUUAUUUUCGAUUAUUUUUUAGUUUUUAUUUGUUCUCUCAUUUUCUAUAAAGUCUCUCUGUCUUAUCUAUAUUUCUAUCAUUUUUUCCAUAAUCUCAAAGGUGUUCUUUUGCCUACCUGUGUAUGUUAUUUUUUAAAUAGAAGGUCAUUUGGUUAUCUGAUUUAUUGAUUUUCGAUCGGAUUGCAUUCAACCAUAUCCUCACUCACCACACCUAAAAUAUUAUUUUAUUUGAAACUUUUUCAUAUAUUUUUUUGCAGAAUGUCAUUAGGCUGCAGUGUUUUAGACAAACAAGUUGCCGAUUGGUUGGCAUGGGAUAAAAAUGAGAAGACUUUGAACGAAAUUCGUGGAUUAGUUGAGAAAAAAGAUGUGGAUGGUUUGAAAUCGAGAAUGUCGACAAGAUUGGUCUUUGGAACUGCUGGUUAGUUUUUUGGACUCUUUUGGAAAAUAAUCCGAACUGAUAAAUAAAAGUCACGCGUUAGCAAUUGUUUGUGUUAUAAAUCAAAAAAUCAUCAGGCAUUGAGUUGUUUUGGAGAAUAGAAGUAUGGAUAUUCAAUAAAAACUCCAGGAAACAUUUUCAGAAAAGUUCGAAAAAACAAAAAUAAAUUUACCAAAAAGGUUAAAAAUUGAAAAAAAAAAUCAGGUUGAGUUAAAUGACCUUCCUGAAUAUUGCUAUGAGUUUUUCGUGCAGAUGAUUUUUUUACUGUUCAAAAAAGCCGCGUCAUAACUUGAGUACACUAGUAAUUUUUGGCCAUGAGAGCGUAUCGAAAACUACCAGAAAUUAUAUUUAAAAAAAUUGGAAUUUCCUAAUUUUUUCAGGAGUUCGUUCUCCUAUGCAAGCUGGAUUUGGUCGACUCAAUGACUUGACAAUUAUCCAAAUUACACAUGGAUUCGCUCGUCAUAUGAUUGAAGUUUAUGGACAACCAAAAACUGGAGUUGCUAUUGGUUUUGAUGGGAGACACAAUAGUAGAAGGUAAUCUACAUUUUUAGAUCAUCAACAAAAACAUUUUGAAUUUCUUGAAUAUAAUUAUUUCAGAUUUGCUGAGCUGGCCUCAAAUGUAUUCAUCCGUAAUAACAUUCCUGUUUAUUUAUUCUCUGAAGUAUCACCAACUCCAGUUGUUUCUUGGGCAACAAUCAAACUUGGUUGUGAUGCUGGUCUGAUUAUUACUGCUUCUCAUAAUCCAAAAGAAGAUAAUGGAUAUAAAGCAUAUUGGAGUAAUGGAGCACAAAUUAUUGGACCACAUGAUGAUGAAAUUGUGAGAUUGAAAGAAUCGGAACCGCAACCAAGAGAUGAAUAUUGGGAUUUGUCACAAUUGAGAAGUUCUCCAUUGUUCCAUUCUGCUGAUGUUGUUAUUGAUCCAUAUUUUGAAGUUGAAAAAUCGUUGAAUUAUUAUCGUGAACUUAAUCAGAAAACACCAAUUAAAUUUACUUAUAGUGCUUUCCAUGGAAUUGGUUAUCAUUAUACAAAACGAAUGUUUUCUGAAUUUGGAUUCCCGGAAAAUAGUUUCAUUUCGGUUGCAGAACAACAAGAACCAAAUCCAGAUUUUCCGACAAUCCCAUUCCCAAAUCCGGAAGAAGGAAAGAAAGUUUUAACAUUGGCAAUUGAAACUGCUGAUAAGAAUAACUCCACAGUUAUUUUGGCAAAUGAUCCAGAUGCGGAUAGAAUUCAAUUGGCUGAAAAACAAAGUAAUGGAGAAUGGCGAGUAUUCACUGGAAAUGAAAUGGGAGCAAUUAUUACAUGGUGGAUUUGGACAAAUUGGAGAAAAGCGAAUCCGACUGCUGAUCCUUCGAAAGUAUAUAUUUUGAACAGCGCAGUUUCAUCACAAAUUGUCAAAACAAUUGCGGAUUUUGAAGGAUUCCGAAAUGAAACAACAUUAACUGGAUUUAAAUGGAUGGGAAAUCGAGCUGAAGAACUUCGCGCCGAAGGAAAUCAAGUUAUUCUUGCUUGGGAAGAAUCGAUUGGUUAUAUGCCAGGACAUACAAUGGACAAAGAUGGUGUAAGUGCAGCUGCUGUUUUUGCCGAAAUUGCAACUUAUUUGCGCAAUGAAGGAAAAUCACUGCAAGAUCAAUUGUAUUCGUUGUACAAUAAAUAUGGUUUCCAUUUGGUUCGAUCGACUUAUUGGUUUGUUCCGGGACCAGAAGUCACCAAAAAUUUGUUUGCGACAUUGCGAGAGAAUUUGAAAUUCCCGGAAAAAAUUGGAAAUGAACCAGUGGCUUCUGUUAGAGAUUUGACUAUCGGAUAUGAUAACUCGAAACCAGAUAAUAAACCGGUGAGAAUUUUCAGAUUUUUAAUCGGAUAAUCAUUAAAAAAGUUGCAGGUUCUUCCACUUUCUACAUCUUCCGAAAUGGUCACAUUUUUCUUGAAAAAUGGAAGUAUUACAACACUUCGCGCGUCUGGAACUGAACCAAAAAUCAAAUAUUACAUUGAAUUGGUCACUGCUCCUGGAAAAACUCAAAAGUAAGAGAAAUGUAUUUGAAGAAUUUAUUAAUUUAAUCUAAAAUUCCAGUGAUUUGGACAGUGUUAUCGCUGAAUUGGACCAAUUGGAAAAUGAUGUUGUUGCAACACUUCUUCGCCCACAACAAUUUGGAUUGAUUCCAAGAAAAUAA